AUGUCUUUCGAAAAUAUGAAGAUAUCCUCCGCCAAAGUCGCGGAAUAUUUAUUCCAGCGGCUGCGCCAAUUGGAUGUUACUUCAGUCCAUGGUGUGCCUGGCGACUAUAAUCUCACUCUACCCGAUUACAUUGAGCCGGCUGGCCUUACGUGGGUUGGGAAUGCCAAUGAACUAAAUGCCGGAUAUGCAGCCGAUGGCUAUGCUCGCGUCAAAGGAGUCGGCGCUCUCGUGACCACCUUCGGCGUCGGAGAACUCUCAGCUGUCAACGCCAUCGCUGGGGCAUACGCCGAAAGAGCGGCUGUGAUUCAUAUUGUGGGCAUUCCCUCUAGAGUGACGCAAGAGUCGAGAUCACUUGUUCAUCACACAUUUGGGGACGGAGAAUAUGGACGUUUUGCAGAAAUCUAUCGCCAUGUCACUGUUGCCCAAACCAGGCUAGUAGAUACCAGAACUAUCCCGGACCAGAUCGACUCAAUCUUGCAACAAUGUCUCCUACACACUCGACCGGUCUAUAUCGAGGUCCCUGUUGACCUUGUCGAUGCCACGGUAUCGGCAUCUCGCCUUAGUCAUACACUGACACUGCCAAGCGACCUACCAAAUGUGUUGACGUCGGCUUCAGUAGCCACGAUCCUGGACAAGAUUUACUCUGCAAAGCAACCCCUCAUCAUUGUCGACGGCGAGGUGCGGCCAAUGAGAGUGGUAAACGAAGUGCAAGAAAUAGUCAGAGCUACCGGCUGGCCAACAUGGGCCACAGGAUACUCCAAAUCUCUGGUUGAUGAAGGUUUGACAAACUUCCAUGGCGUCUACAACGGAAGCUUUGAAAAUUCUACAUCGCGCAAUUUUAUCAACCACGCAGAUCUAAUUCUCUGCUUUGGUCCUCAUUUCACUUCAACCAACACCUUCUUGUUCUCAAGCAUUCCGGAUCCGCAGGUCACGAUGUUAUUUAUGGAUACGGAGGUCAAACUAGGCAACGAGAUGAUUCGAAAUUGCCCGGUUAAACCGCUUCUAGCUCGCCUCUUGCAUGAGCUGGAUCUCUCCAGGGUACACAAGUAUGAGCCUUACCCUACUCUCCCCAGAGACAGCCUCUUGUCAUUUUCUGGUCUUCCCUCAGAUGGACUCAUUGACCAAAAGAAUGUGUGGCGUCUACUGGGGAACUUUCUUCGGCCAGGAGACAUUUUAAUGGCCGAGACUGGCACAGCUGGCUACGGAGCUCGACAUAUUCCCCUGCCGUCUCACACUAGGUACUUCGGGCCUGUGACCUGGCUCUCUAUAGGAUACAUGCUUCCUGCUGCCCAAGGCACUGCACUCGCCCAGAAAGAGUUAAUGAGUACUAAUCAGUGGUCCGGCAUUCACAAUGCACGCACGGUUCUACUUAUGGGCGAUGGCAGUUUCCAGAUGACUGCCCAAGAACUUUCUACCAUUAUUCGACAUGAUCUCGACGUCGUUGUUUUUCUUAUCAACAAUGAUGGCUACACUAUUGAGAGGUGUAUUCAUGGACUGACCCAGGGGUAUAACGAUGUACCAUCGUGGCGUUACCUAGAGGCCCCCCGAUUUUUUGGAGCCCCGGAAGAUACAUUUACUUAUUCUUCUAAGAACUGGGGUGAACUCGAAGAUGCCCUAAGUAGUAAAGCUUUGAGUGACGGCAAGGGCUUGAGGAUGGUCGAGGUUCUGAUGGGUCGGGAGGACGCACCUGAGGGGCCACUGGCCCAGUAUCUAGAUAAGCAAAGGAUGCGCCUUGAUAGUACAGUCUAG